AUGAAUAUGACAAAAUUCGUUUUCGACGCAUUGAUCGUCGGAGGUGGCCCUGCAGGCCUGUCGGCCGCCCUGGCUCUCGCACGAGUCCAACGCACGGCACUGGUCUUUGAUUCUGGUCAUUAUCGAAACCUGGGCGUGUCAGCCAUGCAUACAGUUCUGUCGCGGGACGGCAUUCCGCCAACCGAGUUCCGUGAGAUCGCUCGCAGUCAGAUCGAAGAGAAGUAUCCCCGUAUCCAGUUCUCUAGUGCCCAAGUCUCGCAGGCUUCUCAAACGGACAUCGGGGACGGAUACAUGGGGUAUCAGGUCACUGAUAGAGAUGAGACCAUCUACAAAGGGCGCAAGUUGAUUCUGGCUACUGGGUCGGAGGAUCUGUUGCCCACGAACAUUGAUGGAUACCAGGAAAACUGGCCUUCGCACAUUUAUCAAUGUCUCUUCUGUGAUGGCUAUGAAAAGCAGGGUCAGCCUGUGGGAAUUUUGGAGUUCUCCUCCCCAGCAUACCUGGGACUUGCUCUCAUGAGCUUACAGUUCUCAGAUGAUGUCACUAUCUACAGCAAUGGGCCGUUAUCAAGCGAUACAGUUGUCCAAAAGGCGGCUCGCACGGCGUCUGCCAGUGGCGUCAAGAUUGACGAAAGACCAAUUCGACGAUUGAUGAACCAAGGGGACACCAUCGGCAUCGAAUUCGAUGAUACACAGACCAUCACUCUCGGUAUGCUGUUGCACAAGCCCCCGACGAUCAACCGAUCACAGAAUUUGAUUGAUCAGCUCGGGCUCGCAACAAUGGAGCAGAGUGCCGAAGUGGUGGUCAAUCCACUCUUCUGUGAAUCCAGUCUGCCGGGCUGCUUCGUGGCUGGCGAUGGUGGUCAGUUGUUGAAGCAGGUAGCUGUUGCUAUGGGUACUGGUGUGUAA